AUGGCUCUGCAGGUCUUGGGAAUCACUCUUUCAAUGAUCGGCUUUGCAGGAACCAUCAUCAUCUGCGCGCUGCCCAUGUGGAAGGUGACGGCCUUCAUCGGCACAAACAUUGUGGUGGCUCAGGUCUUCUGGGAGGGCCUGUGGAUGACGUGUGUGUACGAGCGCAUCGGUCAGAUGCAGUGUAAACUCUACGACGCGCUGCUGGAUUUGGACCCUUCCCUGCAGGCGGCGCGCGGGCUGAUCGUGACCACCAUGGCUCUGGCCUGCUUGGCUUUCCUCAUCUUUCUGGUUGGGGCUGACUGCACAAACUGCCUCAGUAACCCACGAGCCAAAGCACGGAUCGUGGUGGUCUCUGGGAUCACCUUCAUGCUUUCUGGACUGACCGCUGUGGUGCCCGUGUCCUGGACGGCCGACUCCAUCAUCAGAGACUUUCACAAUCCCAUCGUGCAUGAAGCGCUGAAGAGGGAGAUGGGGGCGGCGCUGUAUGUGGGCUGGGUCACGGCGGGAUUUCUGUUCGUCGGCGGGGCCAUUCUCUGCACCAGCUGCCCACCAGAGCGCCUCAACUACUCACCGAGAUACACACUAACAAAGACGGACACCCACAUAAAGAACUAUGCCAUAAACAACUAUGUGUGA